AUGGGUUCGCCAAUAUCCAGCCUGGUUGCAGAACUAGUCCUGCAGGAACUGGAAAAAGUCGCCUUCGACCACUAUGAACCUGCAUUUUGGCGCCGGUACGUGGACGACACGUCCGUCAUAAUUGAAAGGAGCAGACUGGCCGACUUCCAAGACCUGCUCAACGGCAUCUUCCCAGACAUUCAGUUCACAAGGGAAGAAGAGCAUGCCGAACAGCUGCCUUUCCUGGACGUUCUCGUCACACGUACACCCAACGGCGAACUCAACACCACGGUGUACAGAAAGGCGACUAACACGACUCAGAUUCUCAACUAG